AUGCAAUCGGUAGCAAUAACAAGGCGAACAGCCACGUUCCAAGACCAAACUGAUAGCCGAGCGGAACGCAAACAGUUUCCACUCGUGCUUGCCAAGGCAACCACCAUACACAAAAGCCAAGCAGCUACAGCCCAUCAAGGAGCUCACUCUGCCCUGGACAGCACAGUCACUCAAGAAGGACAGGCGUACGUCGCUCUGUCCCGCUGUCCCACCCGCCAACAUUGCACACUAAGGAAUUUCAACCCAGCAUGCCUACGAUUCAACGCGCAUGCAGAAUGGGCACUCACGAAGCUCAGAGAACAGCAAGCAGAGAAGUCAGGCAGCGAGCUCUGGUGCAACCUCAUGAAGCCUCCGCACAACAAAGAAUUCUACGCACAACGGCUGGCGAAGCUGCCCCACCCAGACCCCCACAACAACAGCAGCAACCCAGACGAGGAACGACCUUGGCACUGCCCACGAUGCGGCGAAGCCACGGCCCAUACCAAACCAGCCAUGAAAGCACACAAGCGCAUUUGCCCGGCAGCACCACCCAAACCAGCCCGAGCCAAAGCCAAAGCGAAGGCCAAAGCCAAAGCCAAAGCGAAAGCCAAAGCCACAAACAGGAAGGACGGCACAUGCGCAACGACGCCGCGGGAAACAACAUCCAGCAAACGCAAUGCGGCGCGUUGGCAAAACAGCAAAACACAGGAGAAUAAGCACAAGCGAGACACACCAGACAGCCCAGCCGAGAGCCCUCCCACCAAGAAAAGUACAAGCAACCAAACAAAUGCCCGGUCAUCAGAACAAAACAACAUCUUCUUCGAAGAACAAGAAGGGGCCCAAUGCGGCAAGCACGCGCUCAACAAUGCACUCGGACACCAUUACUUCGACACAAAGGACAUGCAGCAAGCAGCCGAAACGUUCAUGUGGGAGAACCCAGAACUUGGUGACGAUCUGGACAGACACAUCUCGCCGGACGGGGACUAUUCCAUCGAAACGAUGAUGAUGGCAUUGCGAACCAUGGCAAUGAAGAAAUUCGGGCGGCUUUGCUGGCAGAUGAGAGACACACGUGCCACCAGCAGCAGAGACCUGGAAGGUUGUGUCGGAGCAGUGCAGAACCACCACAACCAGCACUGGGUCGCUUUGAGGAGUGCCGGCGAAACAUUCUUGUACGUGGACUCCUUGAACCGAGCAAAGCAGGCAACAAACCUCACGAAAGAAGAGCUGGAAGCCACGCUGCGCGCCCAUCCAACUUAUGUGAUUCACGAGAUUUGA